AUGUGGCUGACCAUCAUCGACGGGCCGUCGCCAGCCGUCGAUGUCCGCGCCGACAACUCUUUGCAAGGAAAGAAAGGGCUAACUAGCAAGGUGAUCAUUCACCUGGACCUCCAUGAAGACCUCUCCCCCGACGCCGACGGCAGGCCUCCCUGUCACCCUCCGCGUGAGCAGCAUGAGUGGCACCUCGGCUACGUGGCGGGCGAGCAGCCUCCUAGGGAGCGCCGCCCUCAGGCUCACCAGCAGGACCAGCGCCACAGGCGCAGGGACGACGAUCGGCGCGAUGAUGAUGAUGACGACCGCCGCGGCCGGCCGGAUGACCGCUCCUGGGCUGGCCGUCUCUUCCGCAGUCGUUCUCGUGCGCAAGAUGACCGCAGCCGUGGCGCUGAGGACCGGCGCCGUGACACUGGUCGCGACGACAGGAGGAAUGUCCGCUACGACGACCGUCGUGACCGCCGGCGUUCCGGCGUGCCUGACCAGCGGAAGGUGGACACCGCUCGCUUCCACCGUCUCACUGGCGGCUGCGUUGUCCCUGCUCUUGGGAUGCGGCGCCGCGGAGCUUCUUCCCCACCCUCUAGGCGUCCCAGCCUGGUGCUCUCCAGGGAGGAGGCUCGUGGCCGUUCCCUGAGCCGCGCUCCUGGCCGCGCGGUGCAGGCGGGUCGCUUAGCCUCCAUCGUCUGCAUUGGGGCGGACGGACCCCCGAUCUACGCUCCUCCGACCCCAAGGCGUGCUCCUCUCUCCGGCGCCUCCUCGCCAUCUGCUCCGCGCACCUCUUGCCGGGCCAUGUCGUGCUCACGCUGCAUCGACUUCUCCAGCCCUGGGGCACGCUCUACAUCGCGCUCCCUGGAGCUCUCUACUGGUGGCCAAGCUCGCACCCCUGUCCAUGGUAAUGACGAAGACUUGCGCCGCACCCCGCCUUCCACCGGCCUGGACCAGCUCUUCGACGCCAACCUGCCCAUCCUGGACGGGCCUCUCGACGAGACGCUGCCCCAACCGCUCUUUGUCCCGCAGCGUUCUCCUCUACUGAUCGCCCCCGCCUCUCCUCGCCCAGCCCCGCCCGUGGCCCGUCGCAAAACCCUGGCAGGCGUCAAGACUUUCAACCUGCCGCGCUCCAGCCCGCGCCUCAAGAGGAAGAACUAG